CUUGUGGCGAUGCAAACUUUCAGACCUGUGGGCAACAGAACAGCUGUUGACCAACUCAUGAGGUAAGUUAUGGCUGAAAUUGAACCAUUUCCAGGAGAUUGAAUAUCAUUUGACCUUUUGAUCCAAUAAUACAAGCUGAAUGUUUCAGCGAGACGGAUAAAGAACAUUAUUCUUAUUGCGUUUGUUUCAUUUCUAUGAUAUUUUCGUCACUGUAUAAAAAUAAACCACAGCAUGGCAACAGAUAUGUGACUGUAACAUCCUGAUCCCGUUCUCUCAGUUGUGCACAUGUCGCUUUGCUUUGAGCAAAAUGGCCUCUUUGCCUUUUCAUUUGUAGGAUUUGGCUGUUGUAUGUUUUGCUUUUUUUCCCCCUGGUCAGAUUGUUCAGCUGCUGUAGCGCCCCGUUGCUCUCUCUGUGCGGAUGUGGUGCUACAGGAGGAGGCAGGCGGAGGCGCACAAGUCCCGCCUGCGUCCCCCCUCUGGAGGAGGCUCGGAGUCGGAGCUCCCGACUGGGGAUUGGAGCUCUGGCUUGUCAGUAAGUGAACGAGCCCAGCCUUCACUCUGUGUGUGUGUGUGCGUGUGUGUGUGUGUGUGUGUGUGUGCGUGUGUGUGUGUGUGCGUGUGUGUGUGAGGGGACACAAGAGCCAGACAGUGACGACUCUCCUCUCCGGCACGCCACACGACGCGCUGCUGUGCGACACCUGGCCCGGGAUGGAGGGAGAGACGCAGCCCGCAGACGAGGGGCCCUGCGCCCCGAAGACGCGCCGACCGGAGCGGGGUCCGUGCGGCGGCCUGAAGCCCCUCCAGAGCAGGCGCUCGGCGGUCAAGUCGCGCGCUGACAGGUCGGCGACGGUCGAGGUGCCUCCGCGCGGCGACGGACACCACUUCACUUUCCAUCCCGAGCAGCCUCACCACUUCCAGCCGCAUCACCAUCACCAUCACCAGGAGCAACAGCGCCUGCAGCCGCUCCAUCAGACCAGCGUCGCCAUCAGCAGCAGCAGCAGCAGCCAGCUGCAGCAGCAUCAUCACCCGACGCCACAGCAGCAACAGCAUCGGUUCCCCUGUGAGAGCAGGCCCUGCAGCAGGGUCCCGACGUCCACCUCGACGGCGGCGGCGUCUCUCGGUGCGCAGCAGCAGCAGCAGCAGCAGCAGCGCGCCAGCGGCGGCGGAGGAGCCGCGGAGCCCAGGUCGUCUCCGGACUGCACCUACGGCAUCAGCUCAGAAAACCGUCUCAUCUUGGAUGCCUUUGCUCAGCAGUGCAGCCGAGUCCUCAGCCUCCUCAACAACGGCCGUCUCCUGGAGUCCUCGUCCUCCCUCGCCUCUAACAUCAAGCUGGAGGACGCUCAGGGGCCUCACUGCUCCUCGCUGGGGAGGUCCAGAGCUGAAGAGAGCUCGUCCACCACGGACCCCGAGGGGGAGGCGGAACAAAGCCAUUUGAACCAACAACAGACCUCUGCCGUUCUCCGCAUCUUCACGGACUCCCUGCAGAACUAUCUCCUCUCGGGGCCUCAGCAGCAGCAGCAGCAGCAGCAGCAGCAGCAGCAGCAACAUCCGGCUGCAGGUCUGGAGGAGGAGCAGUGUCCGUCGGCGGAGCCCGGCUCGGGGGCGUCUCCUGCGAGACACGCCCUGGGGGGCUGGGGCUCGCCGACUCCCUCCGACUCGUACGGCCACCCGUCGUCCACGCUGCCCGAGGAGGACGAGGAGGAGGAGAGCUGCUGCCCACGCUGCCUGGAGCUGGAGCAGGAGGUUCUGUCCCUGCAACAGGAGAACGAGGAGCUCCGCAACAAGCUGGAGAACGUCCCAGUUCCCUGUCAAAAUGCUCUGGACUACUUCAAGACUGUUCUGGAGUUUCACAACCAGCUGGUUCAGCCGAUGCCAGAGGAGCAGUUCACCGAGGAAGAAGAACAGCAAACAGUCUUUGAGGGCAGUAAACAGCUCCUGGAGAACUACCCGCUUUUCAUCACCAACAAGCAGUGGGACGAAGCCGUCAACUCCUCCAAGAAAGAUGGCCGACGGCUGCUGCGCUACCUGAUACGCUACGUCUUCACCACGGACGAGCUGAAGUUCUCCUGUGGUUUGGGCAAAAGGAAGCGGUCAGUCCACUCAGGGGAGCCGGGCCUGGAGAGACGACCGCUCAACCCCGUCAAAGUCAGCUGCCUCAGAGAGUUCAUCCGGAUGCACUGUGCCUCAAACCCAGACUGGUGGAUGCCGUCGGAGGAGCAGAUCAACAAGGUGUUCAGCGACGCCGUGGGUCACGCUCGCCAGGGCCGGGCGGUCGGCACGUUCCUCGGCAGCAGCGGGAGCAGCACCAGCAGCCUCUACAUGGACUUUGACGGACAUCUGUCGCAGGACGAACUGUAUUUAAAGGGCUGCCAGAACGGCCAGUCAGAUUGAGGCCGAGCGGGAGGAAAUUUAAAAAGACAAAUGCCAGAAAUGUAGCUGUAAACACAACAACAUAUCCCAAAACGCCGACCGUAUCCUUAUCCCGCCACUUUACACAACGAAGAAAACAUUCCAGAAGAGGUUUCUCAUGCAGAAUAUCGCUGCGCUCCUCUUUUCAAAUAGUUUUCUAGCUUUUUUGUCAUUUUUAUACCUAUGACUUUGUUGCGUAAACAAUUUGACUUUUUCAGUGCGUUUUAAAUUCAACAGAAUUUUAGUCUUCCGUUUUCAGAUUUUUCGAUGGUUUCAUAUUUUGAGCAGUUUCAAUGGAAUAUUUCUGUUCAUUCAGUUGAAGGAUUGGAGGGAUGGAGGUUGUUUUGUACACAGGUUGUUUAAUAUUUUCAUGCAUAUUUAAAGGUCAUUUGUGUAAAGUCUUGUUACAUCCAUCAGUGACAUUUCAGCCUCCAUCACAUACAUUACGGUAAGUAGCAUUUCAUAUUUUUUUUAAAUGCCAAAUUCCGCGUCAUUGGUGAGAGCACUUUUACUUUGCCCUUCUACAGGAGUGUCUCUGAGGAAGUCGUGUUUUGUUUCCUGCAGUCUUGCACUUUGCAUCCGCACGUUUGUCUUCGUUUGAGCCACUUCUGACGUGUCCAGGUUUAUUUCUAAAACUGAAAACUGCAUUUAAAAAGAAACACGUAACAAUGUGCUCAGAUGCAACUUUGCAUUGGUCCAGAUUGCUCUGCUCUGGACUUUGUACAACAGAUUUCAUGGUUGUGCAACAAAUACGAAACGUGUCAUAUUGCAGAGCACUUUUUUAUUUCGAGCAAACGUUCAAUAAUUGGCUUCCCAGAAUUCCUCACAACAUGAUGUCUCCUAAAUGUACAUGGCAGUGAUGUCAAGCUGAUAUUUGUUCCUUCUAAUUAAUAAAACAGAUUCAAAGAAAAUGGUUUUAACACACAAAAUAAUCUUCUAGAUACAGUCAAGUCCAAGCAGAAUUGACUGUAUUUUACAAACCCUACAAACUCUUUGUAGUCACCUUGUUGCAGCUCUCUGAGGAGAUGUUUUUUUGAACAUUACUUUUUGGUUUAAAGCAGCUGCCCUAUAAUAAAGCCUGUUCGAGAAAAAAAACCCUCCACACGAUCAGAAAUCAUGAAAUGUGGGUUGUCUGGGUCUCAAAGUUUUGAGUUACACAGCUGAAGUUUCUUGAUAAUGACAUACAAAUAUCAGUGGGAAAAAAUGGAGCCCUUCUUUCUCACUGAAGCUUGUUUUUGCACUUUUUUGUGUCUCGUUGCGGCUGAAGCUAGAUGAGCCGAACCUGAGCGUUUCCAUCCUUUGACUCUGUGUUUCCUUUUAUUCUGCACUCAGUAACUUCUCUCUGUGUUUGAAUGUACCAGAUCUAUUAGGUCCGUCUGCCACGUGGACAGUGUGCCGUGUAAAUGUGUAUUAUAAAGUACAGUUCUCGUGUGUCUCUCUCUCUCUCUCUCUCUCUCUCUCUCUCUUUAACAAGCCAAGUAGAAAAGUGCCACAGAAACCUUGAAGCAGUCGGAUUCUGUUGUUGUGUUGCUGUACUGAAUGUGAGCAUUUAUUUGUAUUUACUCCACAAAAGUGGCUGUUAUCAACACUGUGAAACAUCCGUCUGAUUUUUACAGAUAUAAUAGUUUAUGGUUUUUUUUAAUUUAUAAAUAAAUAAAACAAGUACUGAAGCUGGAAA